AUGCCUAUGCGUUCUCCUGAGCAUCGCCAUCGGAAAGCAGCGGCCGAUCGCAACAUGUUGGGUCGACAAAAUCGCGAACUUGCCUACAGCCGAUCGCUUCUUUCAAAUCAUGUAGGCCAACUCCAGCAUGCUAUACGCAAUGUGCGACAAGAAAAUGUACGACUUCGAGAAACCUUGUGUUCGGUGCUUCGUUAUCAUCGGUUGAUAGCUGCUGCAGUACGUCGUGUCAUUGGUGAUAUGGAUAUCGAAAGUGAUUCAGUGGUAGCAACAACGCAACAAGACGACAAGGAAGAACACGAUAAGCAAGAAGACGAGGGGGAAGAGGAAACCAACACUGAACAACAAGUGCAUGAUAAUAAUACGACUCGCUUGAUCUCAGCAUCGGCAAGUGAAAUGGCGUAUGAUCCUCCUCCUUCUCCUUCUUCUCCAGUGGCAAAGUCAUCGUCUCCACGGCAACAACGGCAAUCGACUCAAGCCACGAUGAGCAGCUCAGCACGUGUCAACAAGGAAACAUGGAGGAAAUAUCUCAUGUUGUUGUCUCCUAUUAAUGAAAGAGAUCGAGAGGAAGUGGUGGUGCGAAAACCGGAAACAAUGAGGCAACAGGAGCGACCCGUCGAACCACCCUUGCAUCAAUCCGCCAGGACACGGCGUUCCAAGGUACAAAAGUCCUAUCGAUUACCCAAUCUCAAGCAAAAGUUACGCAAAGGGGAUCCUUUUACCUACACAUAA